UUGACCAGAUCCACAGACGUACGACGCGACAAUGGAGCGAGUCCAAAUCCUCGUUCCUGUACUGUGCCUUUUGUGUGCCUUCGUCGUAUUCAGAGACGCGAAAGCACAGACUGCGCUACCUGUCUGCACAAUUCCAGGUGUCUUCGAAAUCGUCGACGGGACAUGCAAGAAUUAUUACAUAUGUGUGGAUGACGGUGUGAACCUAAUUCCGGUGGUGCUGUCAUGCGCCAGCACUGCCAUAUUCGAUCCUGUGAGAGGUAUUUGCGUGCCCGAGAGUACAGCUAUUUGCCAACAAACAACAACUCCAUCGCCAUUGCCAACAACCACCCCAGGACCACUCUGCGUCCGAUACGGCAGGUUCCCGAUACCGAAUACGAAUUGUAAAAGCUAUUAUUUGUGCUACUGGAACGGUAUGGGUUACAGCGUAAUGAAUAAUCUCACGUGCCCAAACACGCUGUUAUUCGAGCCAGUGUCGGAAAAGUGCGUCUCUCCACUGAGGUACAGCUGUCCGGUGAUACAAGGAUGAUCAAGCUCUGCGAUCAUACUGUGUAGAUAUAGUCUAGUGUAGAAUACAAUCUGUAGAUUGUGUCGAUGUAAUGUGGUACCAAUAAUAAAAGAUAUUAGCAAGUACUCAAUAAAUUGUUUACUGAAGUAAGAAUAAAUAAUUCUUGC